AUGGGGUCAAAGUUUCAUGCAUUUAUGUACCCCUAUUUUGCUUUUGGUCAUAUGAUCCCAUAUCUUCAUCUAGCCAACAAACUAGCUGAGAAAGGUCAUUACAUAACUUUCUUGCUUCCCAAGAAAGCUCAGAAACAUCUCGAAUCUCUCAAUCUUUUCCCAGAGAGCAUUUUCUUCCACCCUAUCACUCUUCCUCCUGUUGAAGGUCUGCCCGUUGGUGCAGAGACAGCCUCAGACCUCCCACCAAACCUGACUGGGAAAGUCAUAUCCGAUGCCAUGGAUCUCUUACGCGAUCAAAUCGAAGCAAAGGUUUGUGCUCUGAAACCAGACCUAAUCUUUUUCGAUUUAACUCCUUGGGUUCCAGAAAUGGCGAAAGAGUUUGGAGUCAAGAGUGUGAGUUACCAGAUCGUAUCUGCAGCUUGUGUAGCUAUUGCUCUUGCACCUGGUGUUGAAUUAGGGUUUCCUCAACCAUCGGGGUUACGUGGGCACGACGCUAACCUCUAUUCUAUCUUCAUGAACUCCCACAAACGUGUUUUUAGCCGGAUCAUUACAGGGAUUAAGAACUGUGACGUAGUUUCCAUUAGGACAUGCGCGGAAAUCGAGGGUAAAUAUUGCAGUUUCAUCGAGAGAGAAUGUCAGAGAAAAGUUUUCUUGACCGGUCCAAUGUUCCUUGAGGCGGAAGAAAAUAGUGUUAGACCACUAGAAGACCAAUGGAACCGCUGGUUGAACGGAUUCGAACCUGGCUCGGUAGUGUUUUGUGCUUUGGGCAGCCAAACCAUUUUAGAGAAAGAUCAGUUUCAAGAACUCUGUUUAGGAAUGGAGCUAACUGGUUUACCAUUUCUUGUAGCGGUUAAACCGCCAAGAGGCGCAUCAACGAUUCAAGAAGCGUUACCACAAGGGUUCGAAGAACGGGUUAAAGGGCGUGGUAUCGUUUGUGGAGGGUGGGUGUGUUAG